GGAAAGAAGAUUUAGAGAGAACGAGAGAGAGGGAGGAAAGAAACAGAGAGAGAGAGAGAGAGAGAGAGAGAGCAAGACCCCAAUCUCUGCACACAUUCAGACAUGGUGAAAGACUCAAAGAGACAUCAAGACUUAGAUUCUUGGAUCAGGCAAAAAUCUUAUAGAUGACCAGCACUGAAAGACCAACAGUGAAAAAAGUAGAGACCUGAUUUACACAUUAUGUGACUUAAAUUGUUAAAAGAUAGAAGGUGCUUUUUAAGGGAAAGUAGGAGGUCAUCAGGUUGGGACCGGUCUGGAUUUCAACCACAUUACAUCCAGAACUCUUCUCUAGCACAUGGUGUGAGUGCAUGAUGAUCAGUACAUAUUGGAUACUAUGACUUUUAAUAAGAGAUGCUCAGUGACUCAGAAAACUCAUCGGAGACCCAUUGGACCACGAUCCAAAUGCCUGUCAUGAAGACCCUCCUCAGACAGUUUUUCAACGUCACUCCUGAUCCUCCAGUCAACAUCUCUUUCCGCCACUGGGGGGUGCCAUACUUGAAGAGAUUAGGGCAUCUGGACGAGGCUCUCUAUGAGGACUUCUACGGUCUGUGGAUCACCCUCAUGGUGGUCAACAGCAUCAUGUUCUUGGUGGGGCUCGUGCUAAACAGCUUGGCUCUCUAUGUGUUCUGUGUGGGUACAAGGUCUCGCACGGCACCUCUUAUCUACACCAUUAACUUAGCUGUAACUGACCUACUGGUGGCGCUGUCUCUCCCAGCGAGGAUUGCUCUGUAUUACAGUGGGGGUAGCUGUGUGGCUUGUUCAUAUGUGCAUACUUUUAGCUAUUUUGUUAACAUGUACUGCAGCAUCUUGUUCCUCACGAGCAUCUGCGUGGACCGUUACAUGGCAGUGGUUUGGGCCGCUGGCACAGCAGACCGCUGCAGAAGUCCUGGUGUGGCUAAAGGUGUUAGUGCAGGGGUGUGGCUCUUUGCUGUGGUGGUCACCUACUCAUUCCAGACCACAGCUUUGGAAUUUGCUGGAUCGUCCUGCUGCCGCCUGCCUGUGCUGUUUGCCAUUACGUUGCUGGAGUUUGUGAUCCCCCUGCUGGUCAUUUUAACUUUCACAGCACGAGUUGCCUGCGCUCUCGCCAACGACCGUCUCAUGGCACAGAGCCGUGGUCGAAGGGCGAGAGCUGUGCGCCUGUUACUGGCUGUGCUUAUUGUCUUUGUCAUCUGCUUCACGCCCUUCCAUGUGCGUGAGGCCCUUGUGUACUUCCACCUAGGUGGUGGAAAAGAACAGCAAGUGGUUGCCUAUCACACCACUGUGACCCUCAGUAGUCUAAACAGCUGCCUAGACCCCGUGGUCUACUGCUUUGUACCCGAUAACUUCCGCUCUGCCCUGCGCCGCGCUUACAGGAGGAGGGAGCCUCAGCAUUCCAGUGCAGUGGAGGUAACCAGCCCUCGCCGAAGCGCCAAAGGGUCCAGCACCACCAUGGCUGUUGUUUACAGUAUAGCCACUCUGGCACUCAGUCCCUGCACCGUGCCUCCUGCAGAGCUGUCUGCCUGACUGAGAAGAAGAGGAAGAGCAGGAGAAACAGAAAAGGCCAAAAAAAAUCUCUUGAUAUACAAUAAAAGAAAAAUGAGAAAUUUGGAUUAUCUCUCACUCUUUACUGGAUAGGAACUAAGGAUCAAAACCGAUUUUGCCUUUUCCUGUCCAAGCUAGUGGGAAGCUUUAUCAUUACACAGGACUGAAGCCCACUAUACUGUGUGUAUAAUAUACAGUCCAGUUCUUUGCUAAAAAAAAUGAAUAAAAUACUCCAUGUCCCUGACUGACUGAGUGACAUGUCCCUGAUAGUGUGUCCAACAUUGGUACAAUGUGUGGAAGUUCCAUCUCAACAUGCAACUGGUUACCACAAUGUCCUUCUUUUAUGUUCUUAUGAUUUAGUGUCCGUCUUGCUUAGCCAAGUCAGAAUAUUUAUUCAAAUAUAUGACAGGAGAAAAGACCUGAAUGGAUACAGUAUGGAAAUAAAAAUACAUUGCCAUCACAUUGAGGUAGUAUACAGAGGUGCUAACAUCUUUGGUUUUGCCAUAGCAUUUCUGAUUUUUUAUAUCUGGGAGCCAGUUCACUGAAGGGGAAAAUGAUGCAAAAUAUGGAAGACACAUUUACUCCUGGUAGCUAGGUGAAUUUUGACCUGUGAAUUUGUCGAAAUGUGGUCUAUUUUCAGUAAAAUCGAGAGUAGAAUGUGUUGUUGUUUGCCAGAUGUGCUGUUUGUCAUGUAUACUGUUAGUACAGAGAUGUCUCGUCCACCAGCAUUCAGUAAUAUCUUCACUUCCUAAGGGCUAUUUUUGCAGGGGAAAGUGAAUGCUAACAUAUACAUGUACUUCCUUCAAGAUAGAUAAGCCCUCCACAUCUUUUAGAAGAUUAAUGUGACAGGGCAACUGACAGUAUACAUGGAUUUACUGAUGCCCACAAUUGUCUUGCUUUGUUAGACACCCUCCCACCCAAACAGCAGGCCCAGCUGUGCUAUCUCGGCCACAGAUGGCUAUGGUUACUUCAAGAUUUCCUAGUCAUCAUUUUUUGAUCAUGUGUUUCCUCCACAUAAGAAACUGCCAGCAUUGUUAAACAGAAAAUCCAAGCAGGCAGAUAAAACAUGAUUCUAUCACAAAACCCUAAAGUAUAUUUAGGGAAAAUAUACUGAAUUUUAAAAAGAAUGAUCUAAUAUUUCUUGUUAUGUAUUUAUAUGAUUAUAUUUGAUUGCUAACCAUAUUUAUGGACAUUUGUACUCAUUUUGAGAAUUAAAUGAUCUUAUUGGUGGAUAAUUUUGUAAAUGUGAAGCAAUUAUUUCAAGCAAAAAUAAAUAAAUAAAUAAAAUAAAUGAAAAGAUCUGAUAUACUAAUUCAAGCCAACAUUGCUUGUUAUAAAAUAAACCCA